GCCCAGUCCCAAGUUGUCCACAGAAUAUCCGCAUUCGUGAAAUCCGGGGACGACUUUAGGAGCUGGCAGAGCUUUCUCAGGCCGCUCCCGAGUUCUGCACGACUCCAUCUCUGACUUGGCUUGCAGAGCCUGGGUUGCACCCCGCAGGUCAUUGGGGGUGCUGAGGCUCUCCCGCCCCGCCCUCGUGUUGCCACCGCCUAUUGGCGGUUGCCGGGGGCGAGGCGAGGAAGUCGGUCUACAGGGCUGCACUCUCCCAGGCUCCUCUCCUAGGCUCCUCUCGGUUCGGCUCAGCACAGCUCAGUUCAACUCCACUCAUUUCAGCUCUGCUUAGUACAGCAUGUUGCGCGCCGUACUGACCACCGCCCGCCGCGGGCCGCGCCUGAGCCGCCUGUUGUCCGCCGCCGCCACCAGCGCCGUGCCGGCCCCCAACCAGCAGCCUGAGGUCUUCUGCAACCAGAUCUUCAUUAACAAUGAGUGGCAUGACGCCAUCAGCAAGAAAACUUUCCCCACCGUCAACCCUUCCACGGGAGAGGUCAUCUGCCAGGUCGCAGAAGGGAGCAAGGAGGACGUGGACAAGGCGGUGAAGGCUGCGAGGGCAGCCUUCCAGCUGGGCUCGCCAUGGCGCCGCAUGGAUGCAUCCGACCGGGGACGGCUGCUGUACCGACUGGCUGAUCUCAUCGAGCGGGACCGAACCUACCUGGCGGCCCUGGAGACCCUGGACAAUGGCAAGCCUUAUGUCAUCUCCUACCUGGUGGAUUUGGACAUGGUCCUGAAAUGCCUCCGCUAUUACGCUGGCUGGGCUGAUAAGUACCAUGGGAAAACCAUUCCUAUUGAUGGCGACUUCUUCAGCUACACCCGCCACGAGCCUGUGGGCGUUUGUGGGCAGAUCAUUCCGUGGAACUUCCCACUCCUGAUGCAAGCGUGGAAACUGGGCCCAGCCUUGGCAACUGGAAACGUGGUCGUGAUGAAGGUCGCUGAGCAGACUCCCCUCACCGCGCUCUAUGUGGCCAACUUGAUCAAGGAGGCAGGCUUCCCUCCUGGUGUGGUCAAUAUUGUUCCUGGAUUCGGCCCUACUGCAGGGGCUGCCAUCGCUUCCCACGAGGAUGUGGACAAAGUGGCAUUCACUGGCUCCACUGAGGUUGGCCACCUAAUCCAAGUUGCCGCAGGAAGCAGCAAUCUCAAAAGAGUGACCCUGGAGCUUGGGGGAAAGAGCCCCAACAUCAUCAUGUCAGAUGCUGACAUGGACUGGGCUGUAGAGCAGGCCCACUUCGCCCUAUUCUUUAACCAAGGCCAGUGCUGCUGCGCUGGCUCCCGGACCUUUGUGCAGGAGGAUGUGUAUGAGGAAUUCGUGGAGCGCAGUGUUGCGCGGGCCAAGUCUCGGGUGGUCGGAAACCCCUUUGACAGCCGGACCGAGCAGGGGCCGCAGGUGGACGAGACUCAGUUUAAGAAGAUCCUUGGUUAUAUCAAGUCAGGACAACAAGAAGGGGCAAAGCUGCUGUGUGGUGGAGGUGCUGCCGCCGACCGUGGCUACUUCAUCCAGCCCACCGUGUUCGGAGACGUGAAAGACGGCAUGACCAUUGCCAAGGAGGAGAUCUUUGGACCAGUGAUGCAGAUUCUCAAAUUCAAGACCAUAGAGGAGGUCGUGGGAAGAGCCAAUGAUUCCAAGUAUGGGCUGGCAGCAGCUGUCUUCACGAGGGACCUGGAUAAUGCCAACUACCUGUCGCAAGCCCUCCAGGCUGGCACUGUGUGGAUCAACUGCUAUGACGUGUUUGGAGCCCAGUCCCCAUUUGGUGGCUAUAAGAUGUCGGGGAGCGGCAGGGAGCUGGGCGAGUAUGGCCUGCAGGCCUACACUGAAGUGAAGACGGUCACAGUCAAAGUUCCGCAGAAGAACUCAUAAGGAGCACACCAGCUUCCUCACCCAGCACCUGAAAGCCCAACGAGACCCUGAGAAAAACAACCAAACAUACUCGCCUCCAAAGAGAAACCCUUUCACCAAAAUGUCGGCCAAGAAAGUCGGAGCUUGAUAAACAGGGCGGGCUGGUUUGUGUGGAAAAUCCCUACAAACUGGGUCGGAGGAUGGGGCUCACGCAGAACGCUCGCCCAGCACGUGCAAGACCCUAGGUUCCAACCCCACGCUGCAAAUGAGCAAUAAAAACCCACUGAUCAAG